AUGAAUAUGAAGGAUCACAUCGAUAGGAAUAUUGUAGUGGAGACCAAUGAUGGGGUUAAGCAUGAAGGAAGUCUAUAUACUGUUGAUCCUGUUUCUGAAAGUAUCUUGUUGGUCACCAAGAAGGAAAAGGGUUUUUCCAUUGAAUUGAUUUUUAAACAUGCUAUUCAUAAUCUUAUAAGUGUUGGAGAACUGAAUCCAGUAAAACUUGGGGAAGAAGAGAAAAAUGUUGAAAAUCUAUCUGUUAUUAGAGAAAGGCUUAAAGAUUGGCUUUCCAAGAAUUUAGUACCAUUUGAAGAAUCUGGUGAAUGCCUCAAACUUGCAGGACAAUUAACUAUUAACCCUCCUUAUGGUAUAGACAACUGUAUUAGUUCUAAUGAAAUGGUUUUAUGCAAAAUUCAAAAAUUAAUAGAACGAAUGCCUUAUUUUGACUGA